ACAAUAUAAUAACUUUUUUGUUAUAUUAGCGUUAGUGUUCAUUUUAAAUAGGGGCAUGCCCAGGCUGAGGCGGAGACUCGCAGCCUGCUUUCACUUUCAGCCUUUUCCGGCUCCUGUCCGGUGUUUAUGCUAGCAUUACGGAGCUCUGUGCAUUUGGCCUUUGACGAAAGAAGUUAUUUGGCAUGUUUGUCGGGACUUCCAGCAGAAGGAGCCUGGACUUUUCUUCGUUUCUGGCCGUUUAAAUGAUGAAGAUGCGGCCUUCAGAUGCGCCCAUUGUGUGGCUCGGCUGGUUUGUGGUCUUUCUGGCUGCUGUGUCGGAAACUGAAGAGACUCUAAUCUAUGGAAAGGUGGGAGGUGAAGUUGUCCUCAGACCACCUGCUGGCUCUGUGACUGAACCCAUCAAACAAAUAUUGUGGACAGAAGGUGUUAACAAGGCCAUGGAGUGGGAUGGAGCGGGCAUGCCUGUAGAUGCCUUUCGUCACUUUAAAGGUCGCUGCCAGCUAAACACCUCCACUGGUGAGAUGACAAUCAGGGGAUUGUUGCCUAAUGACAGCAAAUCAUACACACCAGAGAUCAACAACAAAGUGUUAGCUGUAGUUCACCUCAUCGUCCUGUUUCCCGUCUCCGUACCCACUGCUAUUGCAUCCUGUGAUGAGAGCACAUGCGACUUGACCUGCAAAGGAAACACUACAGGAGCCGACCCAGUCACCUACACGUGGACGUCAGACAAUAAUGUGGUGCAUAAUUCAUCUGAGAAUCAAUAUACUGUUCAUAAGGAGAACAUUUCAAGCAGUAACGAGUUCAUCUGUGAGAUGAAAAACCCCGUCAGCCAGGAGAGGAGCGACCCAGUCUCCAUCGCUUUCAUCUCUCCACCUGAAAGGGGUCCGAAAAUUUCCACAGGAAUUACAGUGCUCGCCGUGCUGCUGGCUGCCGUCUUGCUGCUGGUUGCCUUUCACAAAUGGAAAACAGGAACCUGGUUCUUUGACAAAGACUCCAUGCCUUGGGAAGCAGAUUUCUGGAGGAAGAGCGAGGCCCACAGAAGAGAAGCUCCUGCGUCUAAUGGCACCUCUGCUCAACACAAUGAAAAUGCUGAAGAGGAGACGCCAAUGAAAACAGGCUAAACAUCAAGAGAGGACCAUCCAAGAUCGGGGGAGAUCGAGACCGAAACUGAAAGUGUUUUUAAAAAAAUCAAGAAGUGCAGAUGUACGGUGGAAGUUAACUAGCACUGGAGAUCCGAACCACACAAAACCACCGACAGGAUCCGAGUUUUGUAUCCGUACAGAAACUCAAACAAAUCGUGUAUCUUUGACGCCAUUAUCAGACUUUUUGAUCAUCUCGUACCCUCCGUUGUUGCUGUGAACACAUUUAAUCAGACGUUUCAAACUGGACACUUUCUUUUUCUUUUUUCUUUUUUUUAACUUUAUCCUCCCUAAACCCGGUGGGAAGUUUUGUAAGUCAGUAGCUUUUAUUAUUGAAGACGCUACAGUAGGUAGAUGUUAAGCUUGAAUGAAAGAAGAGGAGGCACGACGGCUGCAGUGGAAUAGAAUAAGAGCUGCUGCCACUGAGAGAAGUUAUGAUGCUUGAAGCAGAUCUCAGAUCUCCAUCAGAUUGUUUCAGGAUUUCCAGAGAAGGUUUAAACAAUAAAAGGAAGCCCAGAAAAGUGCGGUUUCCUCUGACUGGCUGCAUACCUGACACCAAAUGGCACAUCAAGCACGUUAAAGCCACGGCUGGGGGGAUGAUUUCUGGGGUGAUGCAGCCUCACAGGAUGGUGGGGAGGACCUUAAACUGACAACGCGGGAGGGGAAAAAAAAAAAAAAGGACGCCAUUGUUUGCUUUGACCCACGGGGUCAAACAACAGUCAGUGCUUUGUACAGUUCACUAUGCAUGUGUGCGAGCUGUUGAGAAACUUGAAGCAAGCACAAGGUCAGUCUACAAUCUUUUAGUUUGGUUUUAUUUUACUUACAUGUUUUAUUUCUUCUUUGAACACAGGUCUCAUUUAGCUCAUCCUCUGUGUUUAAAUACAUUUUAAUUCUGUUUGUCAAAAUGCUUUUUGUCUCCUUCCAGCUUAUUGUCUGCACAUUGCAGAGGAUGUAGGUGAUGGGUUACUUUUUCAUUAUUCAUUUUAUUACUAAGCAAUACACUUUUGUCAGACAGCGCUGCCUACCUGGAACUCAAAUAUGAGCUGUUGUGCAUUCACUCCUGCGAGUCCAGAUAUUAAAUACUUACAAGCACUGAGAUGUUUUUUUUAUCCCCCUGGGUUUGUAUUUAUUGUGACUCAAUGUAUGAGGAUGGAAUUUGUGUAAAUACAAGUAUUUGUAGUGUUUUUAAGAGCUGUAUUUAAUAAAAACU